AUGCCUGAAAUGAAGCUCACUAGUACCAUGUUUUUUCUGUUCGUCUACUUCUUCUCUCUUGUGGGGAACAUCUCCAUUAUUGCAGCUGUGACCAGAGACAGCCACCUCCACACUCCCAUGUACUUCUUCUUGAAGAAUCUGUCUUUCUUGGACAUGUGUUAUACUUCAGUCACUGUCCCCAAGGCACUGAUCAACUCACUUACGGGGUUCCAGGUCAUUUCCUAUUGGGAAUGUGUGGCUCAGCUCUUUUCAUUUGUGUUGCUGUGCGCUUCUGAAUGCUUCUUACUCACAUCCAUGGCAUAUGACCGCUAUUUAGCCAUCCGCAAGCCUCUCCUAUACUGUGGCUUUAUGAGCAGAAAGCUGUGUACAGAGCUUGUCAUUAUGGCCUGGUUCAGUGGAGCUCUUUAUGCCAUAUUUCACACUGUCAACACCUUCUCCCUCUGGUUCUGUGGACCCAAUGUCAUUGACCACUUCUUUUGUGACAGCUCUCCCAUUAUGAGACUCUCCUGCACUGACUCCCACAUCAAUGAAGAAGUUGGAUUUGCAGUGGGUGGUUGCAUUAUUCUUGGUGCCUUUGCCCUCACCAUAAUCUCAUAUGUUCUCAUCAUCUCUACCAUUGCUCAGAUUCGUUCUGCUGGUGGCCGUUGGAAGGCCUUCUCCACCUGCGCCUCUCACAUGACCACUGUCAUUCUGUUUUAUAUCACUGGGAGCUUUGCUUACCUGACCCCCAAUUCCCACUACUCUCCCACUCAAGGACGGUUAGUGUCUGUGUUUUACUCCAUCCUCACACCCAGCUUGAAUCCCAUUGUUUACUGUCUGAGAAACACAGACAUGCAGAUGGCCCUGAAAAAGCUAUUUGUUCCAUCUAAGUAG